AUGGAUGCCGGGGCCACCCUAUCUCACGACGAUUACACGGUCGGGUGGAUAUGCGCCUUACCGCUCGAGAUGGCGGCUGCGAAGCUGAUGAUGGACAUAAUACACCCAAGCCUGCCGAGUCCACCAACUGAUCAAAACACAUAUAUUCUGGGAAAUAUUGGGGAACAUAACAUUAUCAUUGCCUGCCUACCAGGCGGUGCAUAUGGCAAUGUGUCGGCCGCAACAGUGGCGAUGCAGUUGCUUUCAAGCUUCCACUCUAUUCGAUUCGGGCUGAUGGUCGGUAUCGGUGGGGGUAUACCAAGCAGCAACGUAGACAUCCGACUAGGCAAUAUCGUGAAUAAGAAAUGGCAAGGUUACGCGGCAGCAGCAGCAGCGGCCUAUGCUAAAGAGCUGCUUUUGGUGGUUCCAAUUAAUCAGGUUGAUGAUACUCCCACAGCACAAGAUACUCUUGCAAACUUAAUCACGGUUCUUCAUGGACUUGGUGGAAUAGGAAAAACACACUCUAUCUUACCUCGGAUACCCGGGAAACCCCAGGACCAUGGGGCAAUCGAUAACGAGGAGCUAGAACAACAAGCUAGAGAAUUAUUACAGUGGCUUGCAAAGGACGGCAACUCUCGCUGGUUAAUAAUUUUCGACAAUAUUGAUCAGUACUCUCCAACCGGUAGCGGCAUUAGGGAUGUAUAUGACAUUGGAAAGUUCUUUCCUACAGCAGAUCAAGGCUCUAUUCUUGUCACUUCUCAACUCGCAGGUCUCACUGAACUAGGAAAGUCCGUUCCAGUCCACAAACUUAACUCUACCGAAGCUAUUCAGCUUCUCUUAGAGAACAGUGGCUUAUUAGGAAAUGAUAAUAUUAGGCAGCUUGAUGCCAAUCUAGAUACCCUUGCCCUUGCUAAGCGUCUUGAUGGAUUGCUAUUAGCAAUUGUCAUAGCUGCGGCAUUCAUGCUCGCAAUUAAGCCCUGA